GUGACCAAUAGGACUUUAGGUGGAACACCUGUAGCCCAAUUUAUAUUAUAACGGAGAAUGCACGGGUGCUUUUACAAAGGAGUUUAGAGAGUGAAAUUCGGAUCCCCUCAUUCGAGAGUUACAAGAGGUAUAUAUACUAGGCUGGGGAGCAGGACCACGUGCGCCCACGUGGGAGCAUGCUGCUGGCGUGGUGUGAAGUGACUGGCUCUGCCUUGUCAUCUUGCGCGGCGGGUGGCACCCUUGCCGCGUUCUGGUUUGGAAAUAUUCCCUCAGCAUCCCUGCAAUUCCAAACACUACAGUCCAAGUCCUUUUGGACUCCUCUUGCCGACACUUCCCCAAUCUCUAGGAACUACACCGGUUGGUUCUUGCAGGCUGGCGUGGCCAUCUUUCUGGAGGAGAAGCUGAAAGGGGUCGAGGCCCACAACCGGGAGCUGCAGGACUUGAUAGCCCGGCAGCUCGAUGAAAUGGCCAAUCUUUCAGCAAUUGCCGGGAGGGCCAAGGCAGAGACCCUCCAGCUGAAGGAGGAGAACCUGAAGCUGGCGGAGGACCUGGAGCUUAAGGAGCGAGAGUUCCCCGGCAAGGCCAAGCAAUGGGUGGGGGAAAACUUGGAGGAAACGGCCCAGGUGAUUACUUCUACCCCCGAGGUGACGAUGGAGGCCUUCAAGUUUAUCUACCGGGAACCCAACGGGAAGGAAAUGGUCACCCAGGUCGGGUCCUAUGGUUUCAUGUCCGGGCAGAAACGAGACCGGGAGGCUACCCACGCUAUCCUGGCUGACCGGGACCCGGCCUUCUCUGCCGAUGCUUAUGGCCUGACGCCCAUCCCCGACGAAGAACCCGAGCCCCCUUUCCCCCUCAAGUAAUCUUCCCGGCUGCAACCGGUUGAAUUAUUUUGUAAAACUUCAAACUCGUUCUCCCGGGAAUGCCCGGUGUAUCUGUAAACAUUUGACAUGCUUGUUCCGUUUGAAUGCAAUGCUUAAUUUGCGUACCGGUUAAUCUUUCAUAUCUGCUUGCUUGUUGAUUGAUACUUUGAUCUUUGCCUCUUAGAACGCCAUCAUAGGAUACCCGACCGGUAUAGUAAUCAAUCACCAUACUUCCU